AUGAAAAAAGAACUAGCGCAAUUAGAGCAAGAAGAGAGUAGACUGCGAAAGUUGAACGAGAAGGCGCUGCUACGCCAGAAACUGGAGGAGAAACGAGCGAAAGUGAAGAAAUUACAAAGUUUGUCAAUUUCUAAACACAUUAACGUUCCAGAUAUCAGUGUCAGCUCCAGUAAAUUAACUUUAAACGACUUGAGACAAUCUAAACCUCUUAAAAAGAUAGUCAAGAAAGAAAAUCAGGCCUUAGGUUUACACGAGACAAGUGAGAGUGACACUGAUUCGGACAGUUCAUGUAGUUCGGACAGUACAACAUCUAGUGGUGAAGAAGAAACAGAAAGUAUGCAAGUGGGUACAGUUAUUGUUAAGAAAAAUAAGAAAAAGAGAAAACAUAAAAAGCACUCAAAAAAAUCUGGUAUUGCAAUAAAAUCAUCAGAUAAAGUAAAAAAUCGGCAAAAAUAUCCACAUUCGCAGUGGAAUGUAUGUUAA